GCUAAAGGUUCAUAUCACCAAAGUUUUCAAAAAGCUGAACAAGCAAAGAUCAUCCUUUCUCUCUUAUUUUCUCUAUGGCAGCAUUACUUAGAGCACUCCAUUUUGUACUAGCUCUUUUCAUAUCCUUAAAACACUUGGCCUUGGCUCAAGAGAUGAAUCAGUUCUUCUACAAUGGCUUCAAGGGAGCCAACCUAAGCCUUGACGGCAUUGCAAGUAUCCACCCCAACGGCUUGUUGGAACUGACAAACGCUUCUAAGCAGCAAAUUGGUCAUGCUUUCUUCCCGUUUCCCUUCCAUUUCAAUACACUCUCCAACAAUUCUAGGUCCCUUUCAUUCUCUACCAACUUUGUCUUUGCCAUGGUUCCAGAGUCACCUAUGCGUGGCGGACAUGGCAUUGCAUUCACUGUCUCUCCAUCUACAGAGUUCAAUGGUGCCACUGCUACUCAAUAUCUUGGACUCUUUAAUUCUACCACAAUUGGUUUGUCUUCCAACCAUUUGCUUGCCAUUGAGCUUGAUGCUAUAAGAAGCCCUGAAUUUGGAGAUAUCAAUGACAAUCAUGUUGGGAUAGAUGUCAACAAUUUGACAUCCAUUCUAUCUGCUCCAGCAUCAUACUUUUCUGAACAUGGAGGAAAUGAGAUCUUGCAGCUCAUAAGUGGAGAUCCAAUGCAGGUGUGGAUAGACUAUGAUGAAAUGGAUAAGCUACUUAAUGUAACACUAGCUCCUGUAAGCAUCACGAAACCUCGAAAGCCUCUCUUGUCUACAACUAUUGAUCUUUCUCUAGUUCUUUUGGAUUCUAUGUAUGUUGGUUUCUCUUCAUCCACUGGCUCUGUAUCCAGUCACCAUUAUAUUCUCGGGUGGAGCUUCAACAAAAGUGGGCAGGCACGGAGUCUUGGCAAUUCAAAGCUUCCUUCACUUCCUCCUGAAAGAAAUUCAAGUAACAAACCAGAUUUACGAAUCGUGAUCCCAUUGAUAACAGUAUCUGUUUUACUCAUAGCAAGUUUUGCAACUAUGUGUAUUAUGAGGAAUAAAUAUGAAGAAGUACGUGAAGAUUGGGAGCAGCAAUAUGGUCCUCAAAGGUUUCGCUAUAAGGAUCUUUAUAAAGCAACUAAAGGUUUCAAAGACAAAGAGCUCCUUGGAACUGGAGGUUUUGGAAGGGUUUACAGAGGAGAAUUACGUUCUUCCAAGGUGGAAAUCGCAGUUAAGAAAAUCUCUCAUGGUUCAAACCAAGGAAUGAAAGAAUUUGUGGCUGAGAUUGCCAGCAUGGGGAGGCUAAGGCAUAGGAACUUGGUACAGCUCUUAGGCUACUGCCGGCGGAAAGGAGAGCUUCUCUUAGUGUAUGAUUAUAUGCCUAAUGGAAGUCUCGACAAGUUCCUAUUUUGCAAUGAAAAGCCUAACCUUGAUUGGCCUCAGCGAUAUCAAAUCCUCAGGGGAGUAGGAUCUGCUCUUCUCUACCUCCAUGAAGAGUGGCAACAAGUUGUUCUGCAUAGAGAUGUGAAAGCAAGCAAUGUCCUAUUAGAUGCCGAUCUUAACGGACGGCUAGGAGAUUUCGGGCUCGCUAAGUUUCAUGACCAUGGAUCUACUCCUCAAACAACCAAUGUGGUUGGAACUGUUGGAUAUCUUGCACCAGAGAUUACUAGAACAGGAAAGGCCACAACAAGCAGUGAUGUAUUCGCUUUUGGGACUUUUAUGCUUGAAGUAGUUUGUGGAAGGAGGCCUGUAGAGUCAGAAAGACCACCUGAGGAGGUUGUUCUGGUUGACUGGGUACUUGAAUGCUGGAAAAGAGGGGCCAUUCUUGGGACAGUUGAUCCUAGAUUGAACGUUAACUAUGAGGUGAAAGAAGUGGAGCUGGUUUUGAAGCUAGGUCUGCUCUGUACCCAUCGCACUCCAGCAGCUAGACCUGGCAUGAGGCAAGUGGUACAAUUUUUGGAAGGAGAUGCUACUUUGCCUGACAUACCACUGCAUGGUGCGGGAAUUGGUUUAGUUACAGUUAGCAAUCAAUCAUCUAGGAAUCACGUUUUAACAAUCCCUAUAUCAUCAGAUGAUGUUUCUUCAUGUUGCUUGUCUGACUGUGAAUCCAUCCUCAAUGGUCGUUGAACAAGCGAUGCUUCAUGGCUUGACGAGGUAAACAUGAUGGACAAAAGAGAUUUGA